AAGAAACAUUUGAGUUAUUUUUCUCAUUCUCUUAAUGAUAGCAACCAUAAGACCGGUUACAGACAUAGCUUUUAAGGAUAAUUUGAUCCGAUCGACGGUCUAUACGAUCGCCAGCUGUGCCGUCGCUGUCUUCUUCUUCGUGGCCAUCCUUAUUGUCGCCAUAUAUAGGGUUCAUAUGAGACGAUCGCUACUCGUUGUCAGGUCUUCGCCGCAAAAUCCGCACUCAUUUGGCUCUAAUGGACAGCAAAACUCUGAUUGUAUUUAUGAAAAUGCGACGAAUGAGAUGUUUGAACCGUUGGAUCCGAUAGACUUAGAGUUGGCGUACAGUCAGUACGAAAACGAUGACAUAAUGCAAAGCAUUUGUCAAAUACCUAAACCUCCGCUCUAUAGCGAAGCGCUUAAUCAUCCGAUUAUGCCGUACAACGAACCCCCGCCUCCUUACUCGCCGCCUCUUAUGACGCCCACAGAGCCUCAGGUGUCACCAGAAGGCGAAGCGUCGUCUUCAACCAGUGAUGCGCCAGAAGAGUCGUCGUAUGUAUUAGUCAUCCCUUUAGCCAAUGCUAAUGACGAGCCCAACCAUCCAAAUGACACGACUACUGAUGGCCACACA